AUGUCAACUCCACUCUUGCCCCUCUCGUCCUCUUACCAAAACGCGCGCGCACAAUCUCAAAUGGCGAAUUCUUCGCCCCUUCUUCACAAGACUCUUUAUCAGCCCUCAGAAAAUGACGCUCUCCCAAGGCCAUUAAAGAAGAGAUGGGCAGAUCACGCCGUGCCGAGCCCGAAUGCCUAUGAUGAAAAUGAAACCUACUACCCUAACGAACAUGAGAACGAGAAUGAACACGAGAACGAACAUGAGAAUGAACACGAGAAUGAUGAUUUCAAUGAUGUCGAAUCAUAUAAGCACGGUGCUAGCUCACCGUUUCAGUUCGAUGGACGCGAAGACACUGUGGAUUUCCAGAAGCUGCGCGAAAUGCGACAGACCUCGUCCCAAUCACACCCACAACUUGAACCGCUAGAGGAUGAGAGCCCUGUAAGCUCUCCUUUCCGUCCACAUGUGACAGAGGGGACAGUGGAUUUCCAAGGGCUGCGUGAAGUGCAGCCUAUGUCACCUGGCUUGGACAAGCGGCUGGCUCUGAGGGAGCCAAUGAGCUCUCCCUUCUGUCCUAACGCUAGUGAGGAUACAGUUGAUUUCCAAAAUAGACACGAAGAGCAAGAGUCGUCUCCUCUGCCAUACCCACAACUUGAGUCAUUGGAGGAGGAGAGCCCGGGAAGUUCCCUGUUCCGACCUCAUGUCCGAGAAGGGACAGCGGGGGUCCUAAGACUGCGCGAGGUACAGCCUAUGUCCCCUGGAAUGGCAAGGCGGUUAGCUUUAGAGGAGCCAACGAGCUCUCCAUUCCGCCUUGAUGCACGGGAAGAGAUGGUAGACUUUGAUCGCUUGCGCGAAAUGCAGAAUGACUCGCCAAUUCCUAAAGCGCGGCCAUUGCCGGAUCCCGCUAGUUCGCCUUUUCGCCAUGAAGCAAGAAACGUGACAGCCGAUCCAUUGGAACUACAUGAGAUGCAACAAAAUACACCAAUGGUGUCUAAGUAUCCUUCGCCCGUUAUGGUACCGGAUUUGCCUAUCCGCCCUGAAGCACAAGAGACGGCUGAUUCACCAAAGCUGCGUGAGUUGAAGCAAGACCCACUUGUCGUAACUAAGCGUGCAUCCUUUGCUGCGGAGUCGAACUUGCCCAUCCGCGACGAAGCACUAGGGAGAGUUGAUUCUCCCAAGGUACAUGCGCAUACAGAGUCACCGAUAGCAUCCAAAUCCUCUUCCCCUAUUCCAGUUCCUACUUCGUCCUUCCGGCAGAAUCCCAAAGAAACCACCCUUGAUCUUCAUAAGUCGCGCCGGAUUUCUUGUGCAUCAGUUGGACUGAGUGACCAGCGUUCGGUUGCAGCAACUCCCCGUAAAAGAUCUUACGAUGAAACACCCCAGGACGUGGAGGACGAUUUGCAGAUGAAGGAGCGCCGUAAGAAGGGCAUGGUGAGCCGAUCAGACGCACCAAAGAUUCGCAUUGAUGCCGAAGAGGAGCCUAGCGUACUCCAUGACCAGAGCAUCCUUUCUGCUACAAGUGCCAAGCACAACCGAUCAGCAAUUGGCAACAGCAUGAUAGAGGAAAGACACAACGAAGGGAUGAGCACAGUACUUCAUGAAGACGGCGACAAAGAGAAUAAUUCACACGAGAACUCGAUGGUCGACGACUCAAUGGAUGACACUUGCUUGAGCACAUUUUCCGCCAUGCCUGAUAUGACUACAUUUGCAAAGCCCCGCGCCCAGUCACUGAUGAAGUCAAUGCGAGGUAGUGUCGGCCCCAGCCCAGCUCCGAUUAUGGAUGGGCAUCGACAAAAUGUCGAUCCGGCCACGCCGGGCACAGGGCGCAGGACAUACAGAGCGAGCGUCUAUCUAGAUGGAAAUUCGCCUAUGGGAUCGCCUACGCCGAGACCCAGAGGCCCUCGGGACAUGGCUCAUCCAGUUGACUCUGCCAAUCUGCUUGAUUUCACUGAUCAAAUGAACUUUUUCCCUCGUCAGUCCAUGCAAGGUGCCCGUUUUUCCCCCUCGCGGCGUUCGCCUAUGCGAUCGACCCGACAAUCUAUUCGAUCUCCCGGGAAGAUGUCGUCGUUGUUGGACUUUGAUAUUCCGGCUGCGCCUACCCCUCGAUCCAUUCCCACGGUCACUCCUCGUGAAUUAGAGUCACUGAAGUCCGGCUUCUUGUCUGACAUAUCUUCGCUCAAAGCCACUCUCAGUGGCAAAGAGGCCGAGGUCGCCAGCCUAAAACAAGCAGUGGCGGACGCGGAGAGACGUGUCGGUGAAGCUCUGGAAGAGGUACGUAACGAAGCUGCCGGAAAAGAGGUGCUGGAGAUGGAACAGGCCGAGUGGGAACGUCGAGCCAAUGAGAUGGAAACUGUUCUGCGGUCCGCCCGCUCCGAAUUAGUGGAGGGAGAGCGCGAGCGUGAACGUCUGUCUCGAAAGACAGAAGAGGCUGAAAAAAACAAGGAGAAUUUGGAAGGAAAAGUUGUUGAGCUCAAAAGCAAGCUUUCCGCUGCACGCGCUGCGGCUGUAUCUAACACUAGUAAAGCUAGCUCAUCUCACCAGUCUUCCAACUCGACUGAAGAUACUGCCCGAGAAGUUCAGGAUGCCGUUGAAAAGGUCGCUCGUGAGCUUCAUGUGCUCUACAAGAACAAGCAUGAGACCAAGGUUGCGGCCUUGAAAAAGAGCUACGAGUCUCGCUGGGAGAAGCGUUUGCGUGAGGUGGAGAAGAAGCUCACUGCCGCACUUGAAGAAAACGAACAUCUUCGUGUCGAACGUGAUACUGCGCAAUCCGAUUCAAUGGCUGCGGCUAACGCCAGUCUAUUCGCUCGCGAGAAUGAGGAGCACGAGACCGAGAAGCGUGCCAUGGAGGCGCAGAUCAAAGGUCUGCAGCGAGAAAUGGCUGCUCUGAAGGACGAGACCGAGCGGAUUCAUGCAAAUCUAGAGUCUGAACGCGCCGAGAAGGGUGAACUUGUUGCUGCUGUUGACGAGUGGCUAGCCAUGCAGCAGGCACCCGCCCCAUAUCAGCCUCGAGACCGCGAGCCCUCUGUGGUAUCUUCUGUGCACAAUGACCACAUUGAUGAGCCAGCUCAGCCAUCUCGCGAGGCCACCCCGGAUGACUUCCGUCGCAGUGUCAGUCGCUCUAUGUCUGGAAGCAUCCGCCCCCCUGCCACUAUGGAAAAGAGAAUCCCUAGAUUCGGUGCUCCCGCCGGCCAUUCUCGUGGUAAUAGCGGUGGCAGAUCUGGUAUUGCAAUGCCUACUCCCGGCCGAGGUGGGAUCAUGAGUUCAAUCGAGAGGAUGGGCCGAGGUGGUGUUUAG